AUGACGAUUCUCAUGGUCAUGGCUCGCUCACUGAGUCUGGUUCGAAUAACUCGGCACAACAAGCCGAAUCACAAAGCCGACAUUCCAGCUUACGAAGGGCGAUACUACCCGAGAGCAGAGACCAUCAGAGUCUGGUCCAGCAUGCUCGAGAAGCUCUUCUGGUGCUGGGCUGCGAAUGGGAGUCUCAGCACCCAACCGUUCCCGAGGAUGUAUCUGUAG